GAAUCCCUAGUAUCUAGUUAUUUAAACACCAAUCAACCCAACGUGUAAAUAUACGUUACUCAAGUGAACUAAAACAAUAUAUUUAUUUUAAUUUUCUACUUUUUUAAGUGUUUAUAGUUAUCCACACUAAUCAAUAAAAUGGCUCAAAUUCUAAGGGUUUUUGUUGUCUUGUUCGUUGUAAUUUGCCAACUAUAUUUCACAUCAGCUCAAUUUGAUGGUUUUGAAGAUUUCUUUUUACAACAAAAAGCUCCUCAAAACUCUAGAGAUCCUAGAGAAAACAGAGGUCCAGUGUUGUUUCCAGCAACUCAACCAGGAGGUGAAUCAAGUGGUGUUAUAGUUGGUGCUUCUGGUUUUGGGUUCGUGCCGAACAAUGGGAAUAAAAGGCCACAACAAGCAAACAUUUUUAGUUUUUGGUAAAUCCAGCUGAUGAAAUGUAAGUUAUUUGAUUUACCUAGGCUAUUGUUACUAAUGGAAAACAAGUUAUGUUAUAUUCAAUCAUUCAACUGUAAAUAAUAAGAUCUCUACAUCACCAUCUUUAAAGUCUAUACGAUACGAAUAAAAAUUACACAAAUACAUCAAUCGAAGUUAUAGUUUAACUAUUUUAAAUAGAAACGAUGAAAAUAAAUUGUUCAUUAGUUUAAUCUAUGACACAAAAAUAAUGUAAUUAAAAAAUAUUUUGUACAAAUUAAGUAAUAUAAUUUUAAUUUAUUACAAUUGUACAUACAUUCUAUGAACAAGAUGAUAAAAUGUUAAAUAAUUUAUUUGGUAAAAACUUACUUUUAUAAGAAAAUUAUGAGAUAAAUUUACCAAUAUUUAAUUUAAUAUUUUUAAUAAAUAAGUUAGGUCCUAUUUUAAUAUGUAUUGAUAAUCUAUUUUAAAUUAUGAUGUAUGCAAACAACAUAUAAGCUCAUAAGUUAAGUUAAAGUAUUACGUCUAAUAAAGUUAACUAUUACAAUACUUGAUUUUUUAAGAGACUUUUUUUUUUGCUCAUCAGCUAAAAAAUUUAAAUAAAACGUGAUAUAUUAACUUCUUAAAACAAAAUUGAGUUGACAUUUUUCAUUUACGGAUUGUUACACCUUCUACAUCACAAAUUAAAGACUACUAUUAGUAAAUAAUAAUUAUUUACUAUACUGAUUAUUGAUUAAUCAAUUAUUUAUUAUCGUAAAUGUUAUAGAUCCGCAUGAAAUGAUAUUUUUAAUAUUAAAUAGCUUUUAUAUAAAUAUAACACAGCUUUAUUUUCACAUUGAAAAAUACUUAAAUCAAAGAAUUUUUUCAUAAACAGUUGAAUAUUUGUUUACGAACAAUUUUUAAAUAUUCGACGAUGGAAAUAUACAAUAUUCAAGAUUGUUUUUUAUAUAUUUUAUGGAAUACGUAUAGUAAUUUCAAAAUACUCAAUUAAUUGUAUUUGGUUAAGAUUAAUGUAAUGUAAUGUAAUUAUAAAUUAUAAUUUUAUUUUUACUUAUUGUAAAAUAUAAAUGAAAUAUGAGAUACAAACAUAUGCGUUAUAAUAAUAAUUUAAAAAGUUUAGUAUUUCUAUAAUUAAAAUUUUAAUACUUAUUAUUUAAAUUGAAUGUAUUUACAUAUUUUUCUAUUUUUACAAUAACACAUUAAAUGUAUAAAAUAUGUAAGUAUAAUAAAUACAUUCAAAUUAGUUAAUAAAAUAUUAUUUAUUUAUUAUAUUUAAGACGAAUCGUUUUAAUUUUAUCAUCUUUUAUUUUAUAAAAUAAUUAAUAUUAUUGUUUUGUUAUAUAAUUAUACAGUUAAAGUCACGACGAGUAAAUAAUGAAGAAAGAUGUGUCGGUGCAGAGUAACCUGAAUGUGCAACGAAGCACAUAGGACAUAAUAUAAGAAUUGAAUUUUGAACUAGUUUUUUUUGUAGAAUAAUAAAAAUUAAUAAGUAAUCA